GCCGAGUACGUCAUAUCAAAAUUGUUAUCGCCGGUAGAAGGAUGUACGUGAAAAAGUCGUUAGUUGUGUUGUGCACUGUUUUGGUGUUUAGCAGUGCGGCGUUUGUGGACAAUAUCCCAAAAUGCAGCAUCAAAGACAGCGACUGUCAACGGCAGUCUCUCCAGUACGUCAUUCGGGAAGCCAGCAAGACGGGAAUCCCUGAGGUGCAGAUCGCUCCGUUCGACCCCCUAGAGCUACAGCAAGGCAUAGACAUCCCCAUACAAGAUAUAGUCCAGUUGCACUUUAGUGAUGGUGUCGUCAAAGGGCUAGGGAAAUGCCUGGUCAAUGAUUUUGUAACCAAAAUUGAACAAGGUCUGGCCUCCCUGGAUAUCACCUGCAACAUCACAGUGAAGGGCCACUAUAAAGCCAAUUCCUCCAGCCCUGUGAUCAAGUCUUUACUUGGAGGCGAAUCAGUGCAUGGUGACGGUAGAGCCAAAGUGAAAAUUGAGAAAUUAAAUCUGAAGUUUGACUUCAACUUCUACGUGGAGAAGCGGGACGGGGAAACUUAUUUCAAACGCAAAGGCGAGAAAGUGAAUUACAAAUACGAUGUCCUGGGACAAGUUCAGUUUGCUGCCGACCAUCUUUACCUUGGCGAGCGAGAUGCGAGUGAACUCCUAACCAAUAUGCUGAACCAGAAUUGGAGACUAGUCAUGCAGUCCGUAGGCAAUAACAUCAUGAAAGGCGCCAUGGGCACCGUAGAAAAGUUCUUAAGGAAUUUCUAUGACAAUAUUCCCACGAAAUUCUACAUUACCGAAGAUCUGUCGCAAUAUGCAUCCAACUAAACCAGUUCCUCAAAUCAUAGUUUAAUAACAUGUGAUAAUAAGUAUUAUUAGGGAGAUGUGAUAUACUUUUAAUGUUUUUGUCUCAUUUUUAAAUAAAUAUUUAUAUAAAAUAA